AUGGAGGGGCUCCCUGGGCCUGGUGCUGGACGCCAAUGCCCUCCCCCACCCCCCAUCCCCGUGACCCCUCUUCAGGCACCCACCACCCUGAUGGUGACAGAGGGGGACAGCCAGCACCCAUCUGUCCCCGUCAGGGCUCUUGUUCUCACAGCCCCCUGGAGCAUGCCCCAUGCCCCAACCUUGGGCCUGGCUCCUGGCCCAGAUGGCACCUGGCCUCUUGAGUCUGCUGGGGGACCCCAAAGUUGGUGGUCCCAUAGCCUGCCUUCCUGGGUCUCCACCUCAUGCCUGGACAGGACGCUGUGGCCUGUCCGGGCCUUGGCCAACCCUGCAGCUGCACCCCCGAUCCUCAUCCCUCACCCCAUUCCCUGCCAGCAUCCUAAGGCUCCUGGCGGGCAUCCUCUCUGCUCAAAAUUAUUGACCUGUUUCCUGGCCACACCUGCUGUGCCCUCUCAGCCAGGCCAUCAUCACCCCCUGUUCAUUAUGUCAGGCCUCAUGGGAGCCUGGCCUUCUCCAGAAGCUGGCCCCGGCGUCCUCCCAAGCUGGACCACGUAGGCCCCAGAUCACACCUGGGGGUCCAGAUGUAGGGGUCCCGUGUGCACGCCCAAUCAGACCGAGCACUUGUGACACUACCCCAACACCUCUCCCAGGGCUGAAUGAGGAACG